ACGAGCUCGACGACGGUGCAUUCAGCGACGAGUAUGACGACGAUACCAGCGAUCAGGUCGUAUAUGACGGUAUCACUGCUGAUCAACUCGAUCAACUGUACAGCGGUUUAGCGGAUAUCCGUGAAUCUAUUCCAGAUACAGUAGCGUCGGAUAGAGAAAUUAAAGACGCACUAUGGUAUUACUACUUCGAUGUCGAAAAGUCCUUAAAUUGGGUUUUGGAGGAAUCAAACAAGCGAGCUCAAGCUGAACGCAAAAAGAAAGAGAAAGAUGAAGCACCUCUGUCAGCACUCAAGAAGUUAGCCAUAGCACGUCAAAAGAAGGACAACCCGCAGCCACCUUCUCGUCAACGUAUACUGUUUAAAGGCAGGGGUAGAGCUCGUGUACCCGUCCCUUUCGAUGAGGUACAAAAUGUUCAUAAACCUGAACACAUAGUAAACAAAGCAACACCAGAUCCAGAUCCACCUGUGGCAUCAGCAUCAACGCAGACACCUGCCCAACCUGCCAAACCUAUGUCUAAGUUAGCAGCUAUGGCUGCAGCCCGUCGACAACAGCAGCAACCACCUUCAACGUCUACAGCCACCCAUACCAAUGGAACACAACCACAGCCUUCGAGCGUAAACAGUGCUCCUGCAAAACCACUCUCAAAGCUCCAAUCGAAAGUCCUACAAGCUCGUUCAGCUCCAAGUCAAGAACAUGUCAAGCCACCACCACCGAGGGAGCUUACUGCAUCUGAAAAGCUGUUUGUCGAACUCGAUACCACCAUUGAAAAGACGUCGCCAUCAAAUUUAGGUAAUGUCGUUAUCAAAGCGACGAGCAAACCCGUAUACAAUGAUAAGGAUAUCGUAGAUUCCUUGUGGACCUACUGUAAAGGUGCUUUCGAUGGCCCAAGUCCUGAUGACGUCGUAUUGCAAGCUCGUAAAGGCACAGCGCUUGAUGUCGCUGACAGAGGCUAGAAUUGUCGACAUUCUCUACCACCAAUACCCCUUUCUAUAUACCUUAAAAUAGACAAAAAUAUUAAUAAUUACUCUAUAGAGCAACAAAAUCAAGCUUCAAAAUCCAGUUCGAAAGCACCAUCAAAAGCGAACACACCAACGCCUGGUACGCCAAUUUCGAUGAAUACUGCUCAAUUAGGCAAGGAUCUAACAUCACAGUUAAAAUUAUCGGGUAGCACUCCCGCGUCAUCACGACCAAGCACACCACAAUUGCAAGAAUCGAAAAAGUUAAUACCUCGCAAAGAGCUUUUGGAGAAGGUACAACAAACUCAAAAUGAAGACAUCAGCUUGUGUGUAGUUGGACACGUUGAUGCAGGCAAGUCGACAAUUCUGGGAAGACUACUCGUUGAUCUUGGUGAGAUGACAAGCAAAGACCACGAAAAGAAUGUCAGAAACUCAGACAAAUCCGGUAAAUCAUCUUUCGCAUAUGCGUGGGCGAUGGAUGACUUAGUUGAAGAGCGUGAGAGGGGUGUUACGUUGGACUAUGCAGUAACGUCUCUCCGGACUUCAAACGGCAAGGUAUUGAAUAUAGUCGAUACUCCAGGACAUGCUCAUCUCGUACACAAUAUGAUUUCAGGUGCCCAACAAGCUGACGCGGCUUUACUCAUUAUUGAUGCCCGCAAAGGCGAAUUCGAAGCAGGAUUCUCACCUAGAGGACAGACGAGAGAGCAUGCUCUCCUUAUUCGUAGUUUGGGUGUUCGAGAUCUGGGUGUGGUCGUCAACAAAAUCGACAGUGUGGGAUAUUCGAAGGAAAGGUUUGACGAAAUUGUUGCGGCUCUCACACCAUUUUUGCUCAAGAGUGGUUUCAACAAGGAGAGAAUCUCUUUCGUACCAUGUGCAGCGAUGACUGGUGAGAAUGUCACCAAGCGUUCUCAUAAGGUACUUGAGAGUUGGUACAAUGGCCAAACAGUUGCGCAAGUUCUAGAUCAAUUCGAAGCUCCCCGGAGACCUUUUGAGGCGGGCUUGCGUCUUCCCGUUCAUAACAUCUUUAAGGGCCAGACAGCUAUCGCGAGUGGUGUUGGUGUUAGUGGACGACUCUGCGCUGGUGUCAUUCAAGUCGGAGAGAAAGUGAGGUGUAUGCCUGGUGACGAAUUUGCCAUCGUUAAAAUGAUUGAAGUGGACAAUGAUAGUGUUCCAUUUGCAUCGGCCGGCACAAACGUCACGGUCUAUUUGGCCAACAUUGAUCCAAUAAACUUGAGUAUCGGUUCUGUCUUAUGCUCGCCUACGGAUCUCGUGCCUCUAGCAUCAAAAUUCAUUGCACAAAUUCUAUUAUUCGAUAUAAACAUCCCAAUCUUACCGGGUACAACUUUCGAGGCAUUCAUCCAUUCUAUAAACACUUCAGCAAGUGUAUCAAAGCUGAUCGAGACAGUCGAUAGAAACACUGGUGCUGUUUUAAAAUCUAAACCAAGGGUCUUGACUGGUAACUCAGCUGCAAGAGUCGAAAUGUCAAUAGGAUCACAGUCGCUGACAUCACAAUCUGGCAGCAAUACACCAUCAAAUAACAGCAUCCCAGUAGAGAAGUUCACGGACAACAAAGACAUGGGACGCAUUCUACUCAGACACGAAGGACAGACUGUCGCAGCUGGUAUAAUAGUUGACUACAUGCGUUAAAUCAGGAAUCAAAAAGGAAUCUAAUUGUAUAAAUCAAUAUAAUAUUGGUCGUUGACUAUACACUUGUAUACGUC